AUGAUCUACCUCGACUACAACGCGACGACGCCCGUCGACAAGCGUGUCAUUUCGGCGCUGACGCAGUGCUUGGAAGAGACGUACGGCAACCCGUCGUCGACGCACCAGCUCGGGCAGGCGGCCAAGGCGGCGCUAUGCACCGCCCGCGCACAGGUCGCCGCGCUCCUUGGCUGCCCAUCGGACGCGAUUCUCUUUGUCUCGGGCGGCACCGAGUCGAUCAACUACGUGCUCAAGGGCAUGCUGGCGUCGCACAAGGCGCAGCGCCAUAUCAUCACGUCGGCCGUCGAGCACGUGGCCGUCAGCGCGACGUGCAAGUACCUCGCCGAGACGCAUGGCUUUGAGAUUACGACGCUCCCAGUUGACGCGCUUGGCCGCGUGGCUGUCGACGACGUCAUUGCGGCCGUGCGGCCCACGACGUGCUUGAUCUCGAUCAUGCAUGCCAACAACGAGGUCGGGACCAUCCAGCCGAUUGGCGCCAUCGCGGCCGCCGCCCGCGCCCACCACGCCGCGCUCUUGGUCGACGACACGCGCGGCUUGAGCCCGCUGCUUCUGCACACGGACGCGAGCCAGUCGAUCGGCAAGAUCCACGUCGACGUCGAUGCGCUCCACGUCGACUUUCUCACGGUCGCGGGCCACAAGCUGUAUGCGCCCAAGGGCAUCGGGGCGCUGUACAUUCGACCUGGCACGCGGCGACUCGAGACGCUCAUGCACGGCGCGGGCCACGAGAACGGGCUCCGCGCAGGCACAGAGAACAUUCCGUAUGCAGUCGCCUUGGGCACCGCAUGUGCUUUGGCGCGAGACUAUCUGCAGGCGCACCCGCGCGCGCUCUGGACGCUGCGCUCUGCGCUGUACACGCAGCUCCACGACAAGCUACGAGAUGUCGACAUGGCGGUCAACGGCCCCAGUACCGAGCACGAUGUACUGCCCAACACGCUCAGCAUUGGCUUUGCCAACGUCCAAGCGAGCGCGCUCUUGCACGCCAUCGAAGACCGCGUCGCCGCGAGCGCGGGCUCGGCCUGCCACAGCCACGCGACCAGCAUCUCGGCCGUGCUCCGCGCCAUGCACGUGCCAGCGACGUACGCGAUGGGCACGCUGCGGCUCUCGGUCGGCCGCGAGACGACGCUCGACGAGAUCAACACCGCGUCGACAAUCAUUGCCGAUGGCGUGCGCCAGCAGCUGCAAAAGAAGCGCCGCGUCGCGUAGCAAGCACGUCAAUAGAGAAGGGACGGUUCCUACCCAU